AUGGAAUUUGCAUCCUUUGUAACUCGCAAAUCCCAACCUGCAAUAUCUGGGAUGAAAAAUGGCCUUCAAAUCGUUUUACACAUCACUAGUCACCAGUCUCCAAGAUGCAAUUCUUAAGUGCCAAAACUCUCUUAUACGCCAGAGUGGUUUUCAUCAUCAUCAUCGCAUACUAUCUUGUCAAAGAUCCAGAAGCGUUGUCGACUGCAGGAUUCGUGGUCUUACUCGGACAGGCCAUGCAAGUGCCAUUAAUAAGGCUUCAACCAACGGAUACUUUGACCGGAUUCUGUGCUGUUAUUAUGGCUGGCUUCAGUAUCGGUGACCUUAUCCCCUUAUUGGCCAACAAUGUCGAAUACUUUGACACUCUUGUCCCUGUCAGAUUGGCUGCGUACUUUGGAUUGGCAGCAUACUGUUACUUUGUCAACGACUCGCCUGUCAGCAACAGCUUGAUCUUUACGUUUUCGUUCUUCGAAAUCUGGUUCAACUUCUUGAUUUACAAUAACUUGAAGGAUGAAAAGUAUUACAGAGUGAAAAAGUACAUCGAAGAACAUAGUGAUGAGAUCAGAGACGCGUACGACGAAGAAAUCAGAAUUGUCGAAGUGGAGUAAGCUCCAUCUUCAGAGGAAUACGGCUAUAUAUUGGAAAUAGUAAAAUCUCAGUUUAACAUGGUUCAUAUAGAAAAUUAUAAUUUUUACGGUUGAAUGUAAUCUCGAA